UACAGGGAGGGAGGAGAAGCCAAUAUAAAAAUGUCUUAUCAUUCGUGGCAGCACUAUUUAUAAGAGUCAAAGGUGGAAACCGCCUAAAUGUCCAUCAGCUGAUGAAUAGAUAAACAAGAUGUGGUAGAUCCAUACAUUGGAAUACUAUUCAGCCACAAAAAGGAAUGACGUACUAAUAGAUGCUACAACAUGGAUGAAUCUCAAAAACGUAUGCUAAGUAAAAGAGUCCAGCCACAAAAGGAUAUCUAUUGUAUGAUUCCAUUUAUAUGAAAUAUCCAGAAUAGGCAAAUUCAUAGAGGCAGAAAACAAAUUCGUGGUUGCAGGGGCUGGGAUAUGGAAGAAUGGAGGUGAUAGAUUUUUUGCAGGGGGGAGUGAUGAAAAAGUUCUGGAACUUGAUAGUAGUGAUGGUUACAUAACUGAAUGUGCUAGAGGCCACAGAACUGUACACUGUAAAAUUGUUAAAACAGUAAAUUUUAUUUUAUGUGUUAGCACAAUAAAAAAAAAGUGUUAUCAAAUUGGUCACUGUUCUGGGCACCUGGGGCUCAGUCCUGCUAGGAUCGUCUAGAGAGCUGAGUAGAAUGUACCUCAGAACUGUCCACCUUGAAGGAGAUGAGAGGGAGCAUUUACUUGACAGAUCCUGGUCCUCAAUUGUCAAGGACGGGGUGUUGACUUUCUUUCCCCUUUUCAGGUUUGUAUCCAUGUGAGUGCCCAGCAGGUCAGAGAGGCACUGGGGCAGAGCCUGAGAGAUUCCUGAUGAAGUUGAGACACGGUGCUGUCAGGUCACUCCUCUGGGAAGGUGUGCUGUCCGGUCACACCUGGCUGUUGCGGAGAUAGCUGGAGUUAAAGGAAUCACCUUGUCUAAGAAACCGUGUGUUGGAGGCCAGCCCCAUGGCCUCGUGGUUAAAGUUUUGCAUGCUCUGCUUCAGCAUCCUGGGCUUCAUGUAUUCGGAUCCUGUGUGGAGACCUACUUUGCUCAUCAGCAAUACUGUGGAGGCAUCUCACAUACAAAGCAGAGGAAGAUUGGCACAGAUGUUAGCUCAGGGCUAAUCUUUCUCAAGCCAAGAAAAAAAGAGGAGGAUUGGCAAUGGUUGUUAUCUCAGGGUGAAUCUUCCUCACAGAAAAAAAAAAGAACCCUGUGUUCCUUUUCUCCCAUAAAGUGGGAUCCAGAUCCACUUGGUCAUUUGGAAAAGAAAAGAAAGACAAAAAAGGCCAAACCCUAAAAUCUCACUCACAGAGUUGAAACAAAGGACCAUUUGUGCGUGACGUUCCUCAGGGCGGCUCUGUUCCUUACUCAUCUCCGUCUUGACGAUGACUGUCAGUGAUGCCUGACACCAGACUGAGAUGGCUUAGAGUGAAUGUGGUCCCGAGCCCUGAAGUGACAGAAGCACAAAGGGACGGAUUCAAACCAAGCGUUGCCUUCCACAUCACUUGAGUCUUCUCAGCUUAAAGAGGAAGCCAUGGAAACAAACCCCUCAGUAAUUUUUUUUAAAAACUUUAGACAGAAGCUCUUUUCCUUAUGCUAAGACAUACCCGGAACAACGGGGAAACAGGAGCAGGAGGAGUACUAGGAGGAGGAGGAAAUGGCAGCCCCACCCAACUCAGGAUGGAAGGAAAGGUUCUCGCAUGAUGACUGUAAUUGCCCAGAGAGGCGAUUAGAUCUAGUAUCUUAAUACUGAUGAGUUGAAGGGCUCUGGCUGACAGAAGGAGGAAGGAGAUGGACCAGGUGGCAGCCUUGGAGCUCAGAUCCGUGGACCUGCAGAGCUCCAGGAACAACAAGGAGCAUCACACGCAGGAGAUGGGCCUGAAGCGGCUCAUCGUGCGCCGGGGCCAGCUCUUCACGCUCCAACUGCAUUUCAACCGACCCUUCCAGUUCCAGACCGACCACAUCACUUUCGUAGCUGAGACUGGACCAGCACCCAUGGAGCUGCUGGGAACGCGAGCCAUCUUCUCACUCACCCAGGCCCGACAAGGGAAUGUCUGGAGUGCUUCCGACUUCACCAUUGACUCCGACUCGCUUUUUGUCUCCCUUUUCACACCAGCCAAUGCAGUCAUUGGCUCCUACACUCUGAAGAUAGAGAUAUCUCAGGGCCAGGGUCACAGCUCAACUCACCCCCUGGGGACUUUCAUCCUGCUUUUUAACCCUUGGAGUGCAGAGGACGAUGUCCACCUGCCCAGUGAAGCCCUGCUGCGGGAGUACAUCCUGACGGACUACGGCUUUGUUUACAAGGGUCAGAAAAGACUCAUCACCGCCCGGCCCUGGAACUACGGGCAGUUUGAAGAGGACAUCAUAGAUAUCUGCUUUGAGAUCCUGAACAAGAGCCUGUACUUCUUAAAGAACCCAUCCAAAGAUUGCUCCCAGAGGAACGACGUGGUGUAUGUCUGCAGGGUGGUGAGUGCCAUGAUCAACAGCAAUGACGACAGAGGCGUGCUGCAGGGGAACUGGGGAGAGGACUACUCCAUGGGGGUCAGCCCGCUGGAGUGGAACGGCAGCGUGGCCAUCCUGCGGCAGUGGUCAGCCAGGGGCGGGCAGCCUGUGAUGUACGGGCAGUGCUGGGUCUUUGCGGCUGUUAUGUGCACCGUAAUGAGAUGCUUAGGUGUUCCAACUCGUGUUGUCUCCAAUUUCCGUUCUGCACACAACGCGGAUGGGAACUUGACCAUUGACACCUACUAUAACCGAAAUGCAGAGAUGCUGCCAAAUCAGAAACAAGACAAAAUAUGGAAUUUCCACGUCUGGAAUGAAUGCUGGAUGAUCCGGAAAGAUCUCCCACCAGGAUACAAUGGGUGGCAGGUUCUAGACCCCACUCCCCAGCAAACCAGCAGCGGGCUGUUCUGCUGCGGCCCUGCCUCCGUGAAGGCCAUCAAGGAAGGGGAGGUCCAGCUGCCCUAUGACACCCCAUUUGUGUACGCUGAGGUGAAUGCCGAUGAAGUCAUUUGGCUUUUCGGGGAUGGCCAGGCCCAGGAAAUUCUGGCCCAUAACACCAGCUCCAUCGGGAACGAAAUCAGCACUAAGAUGGUAGGCUCAGACCAGCGCCAGAACAUCACCAGCUCCUACAAGUACCCAGAAGGAUCCCCUGAGGAGCGAUCUGUGUUCAUGAAGGCUUCCCAGAAAAUGCUGGGCCCAGGAAGGGCCUCUUCACCCUUCCUGGAUCUGCUGGGGUCCGGGGACUUUCAGGAUCAGCCGGCGCAGCUGCAGCUUCACCUGGCCAGGAUGCCUGAGUGGGGCCGGGACCUGCUGCUGAAGCUGCAUGCCCGGAGGGUGGCAGACAGAGCACAUCCCCGAGCGCCCAUCAGACUGGAGGUGCGCUUCUGUGCGCAGGCCCUGUUGCACAAGGGUGGCGCCCGGGAGCCCCUCUGGAGGCAAACAGUGCACUUGAACCUGGACUUUGGGCAGGAGAUAGAGUGGCCACUCUUGCUACCCUUCAACAAUUACGGAAACAAGCUGACAGAUGAAAAGCUAAUCCGUGUGUCUGGCAUCGCCAAGGUCAAGGAAACAGGGAGGUCCAUGCUGGUCCUAAAAGAUAUCUCUCUGGAGCCCCCCCACCUAUCUAUUAAGGCGUCUGAGAGGGCUGAGGUGGGCAAGGCACUGGGAGUCCACAUCACCCUCACCAACAACCUAACGGUGGCUCUGAGUAACUGCGUGAUGGUGCUGGAGGGAAGUGGCCUCAUCGACGGGCAGAUAUCAAAUGAGCUUGGGACUCUACUGCCUGGACACACCAUCCAAAUUCAACUGGACCUCUACCCCAUCAAAGCUGGACCCCGCCAGCUGCAAGUCCUCAUCAGCAGCAACGAGGUCAAGGAGAUCAAGGGCUACCAGGACAUCUUCGUUGCUGCAGCCGGGGCUUCGUGAGCCCCGACCCCACCCUCCUCAGGCCCUCCCAGUCCUCCCAGCCGCUGCCCUGGACCUGCUCUCCUGAUGCCCUGCUAGCCCCUCCCCAAAUCGUGGUUCUUUGAUCCCAAAUACACACUUUGUCUCUUAAAUGCUUUUUUGCAGGUUGACACUAUAAAAGCCUUCCGUUUUGUACCCUGCCCCUCCUCCUGAUGCCCUCCUUGUCCCCCUAGCCCCUCCUUGAGCCCCUGUUCUGCCCUCUUGAUGCCCUCCCAGUCCCUCCCCAGCCCCACCUUGCUUUUUUCUACUCCUGAGGGUGUGGUUUUAUCUUUGCUCCCUCUCUGUCCUCUUCCCGGCCUGUCUGGGGGUAAAUGAAGCUCUGUUAGAACCUCUGUUCAUCUUGGGAAGAGACAAUAAAGGCAUCUUUAUCUAGCACAGCUGUUCUCUCUUCUGUGCUAACAAGCUACUUAUUGCUACCGGCUGGUCCUCUGGGCCUGGCUGCCAGCUGUGUGGCUGGGCCCUCCCUGCUCUUCCUGUCUUCUCUCUCCUCCUUUAAGGGCCCCAACCACACAAUAAGCCCAACAUGAUCCCCUCAAAAUCAGCCUCUCUGGAAUCAGGUCCCCAUUAAAUUGUCUUAAGGAGCCUGCUGGCAGAGGCCGGAGGGAGGUCUGGGGAGGGCGGCCUGGAUGCGCUAGGAGGAUAGUGACUGGAGCACCGUGGAGACCGGCCAGAAGCUGCCCAGCAGGACUUCUCGGCUGCUGGCCUGAGAGCUUUGGGCAGCUGGGCAGGGCCCACUCAGGAUGGCCCCUCAGGAUGACUGGGAAGCGCUUCAUAGCUGCCCCCAAAACAGGCCCUCACUUUCCCGGGCCUCGUCUUCCCCUCUCGCUCCCUCCCCCACUGGCUCACCCUGACUGGCCUCAGCCUCUCUCCCUUCAGUAUUCUUUGUUUUUGUUGUUUUAAGGACAGGGAGGCACUCUUUUGUAUUUUUUUUUUCCUGUGGUUGUCAAGAUCAUUUGUGCUCGUUCUAGAUAAUUUGGAAAGAACAGAAAAGUGAAAAGGCACAAAAGAAAAACCACUGAUAGUUCCCUCAUCCCAGAAGAAAUCUCUGCUAUGCUAAAAGCCAAAAAUCCUACGGAGUAAAUUAGAAGAUCUAAUUGGCUUUAUUAAAUGAUUCAUGAAUCAGGCAGCAUCCCAUCUAGUAAACAGAAGGGAGUCCAAGGAGUGGUACAAAACGGAAGGCUUUUAUAGUGUCAACCUGCAAAAAAGCAUUUAAGAGACAAAGUGUGUAUUUGGGAUCAAAGAACCACAAUUUGGGGAGCAGAGAUUCAGGAUCAACCAGGUAGUGUCCCACAAGGGAGUAAAAAUCAGGGGCUUUGAAAGGCAAAGAAGGGAAGUUUGUGCUACAAAGAAUUUUAAUUGAGUUGGAGGCAGAAGCUAGUCUUGGCUAAACAAUGAUUGGCCAUUGAUUCUAUCUUCAGAAAAUCCACAGUCCUUGGUCUUUGUGAUCAAGAUGUCCGUUUUCCUGAUGACUUCCCAAACAAUUGCUUGUAAAACAGUGGCCAUUUUGGCCCAGUCCAAAGGUUUGGCCCAGUCCCAGGUUCAAGACAGCAAGGCAGUAGUUUCUCUGGAGAGGCAGCUCUGCCUCCAUUUUAAAAUGGCUCCACUAUAGUCCAUUUUGACAACAGGUGGAAGGGGGUAGAAUGAGGAAGUUAUAAAAAUAAAGAGCUGGAUUGUUUUGGGCAAGGUCAUUUAGAGGCCAGGAACGGCAGGCAGUCUUAUCAGGCAGAUUACUUCACUAGUGUUGAUCAGGUAAUUCUGGACUGAUUGGUUUAAAAUCCCACUCCUGGGAGAGGCUGAAACUGCAGUCAGGCUAGGUGUUGAGUCUUGGUUUGCUGGCCUGGGGCUUAGCAUAAGUGACUCCAUUUUGCGCCUGUUGUCUCUUUUUUAGCAGCUAAGAUUUUGCUGUAUAUCUUUCUGGUCUUUUUCCCCUCUUUCAUUGAGUUU